AACAUGGAAAUAAAAAACCAAACAGAGAUUGCCGAAUUCAUCCUUCUUGGAUUUGGAGACCUCCAGGAUCUGCAGAUUCCUCUCUUCCUGCUCUUCCUAUUAAUCUACAUUUUGACCAUGGCUGGAAACCUUCUCAUAGUUUUGCUCAUUGUAGCUGACCGACAUCUUCACACUCCCAUGUAUUUCUUCUUAGGGAACUUGUCUUGUCUGGAAGUUUGCUACAGUUCAACAAUCCUGCCCAGGAUGCUAAUUAGUUUUCUAACUAGCAAUAAAGUCAUUUUCUUUAGAGUCUGUAUCAUGCAAUAUUAUUUCUUUGCUAGCUUGGCUGGCACAGAAUGUUACUUACUAUCUGUGAUGUCUUAUGACCGGUAUUUAGCAAUAUGCAGACCACUACAUUAUGCAGCACUCAUGAACAGCAAGGUCUGUCGAAAUCUGGUGUGUGGAUCAUGGUUAAAUGCUUUUCUUUGCAGUGCCAUAGUAACACUGUUCAUGUCUCAACUAACUUUCUGUGGCCCCAACAUAAUCAACCAUUUCUUCUGUGACUCUUUUCCAAUUAUAAAACUAUCCUGCAGUAACACACAGCUGAUUUUUACAUUAAUAGUCCUUCUGUCUUCAGGAUUCACUCUUCCUCCCUUUGUCCUAACAUUGACGUCUUAUGUUUGUAUUAUUUCUAAAAUCUUGAGAAUUUCAUCUUUAGCAGGGAGGCAAAAGACCUUCUCUACAUGUUCCUCUCAUCUCACUGUCGUGACAAUUUUCUAUGGGUCCCUUGUGAUUGUGUACAUGUUACCAGAACUCAAUGGACUGAUAGAUCUGAACAAAGCUUUCUCUCUUGGUUAUACCAUUGUGACACCUUUGGUGAACCCUCUCAUCUACAGCCUGAGAAACCGAGAGGUCAAGGAAGCUCUGAGGAGGUUUCUUCAUAGAUGUUGGACAUAA